AUGGGUCCUUGCGGCGGUGGUGGCGGCAAACCAUGGAAGAUGGACAUGCGUGGUGUCAACCGUAUCAUUAAGGUGGUUGUUCGCCACGGCGCCGCGGUCGACGCCAUGUCGGUGUUGUAUGAGCGGGAUGGCCAGAAGGAAAAGACCAAGCUGUGGGGAGGAUCUGGGGGCAAGCGCUCGGAGAUCUGUUUGGAGCCAGGAGAGCACUUGACAAACAUCAGAGGCCACUACGGCUUCUUUAACGGCUGGUUCGUGAUCAGGUCGCUCACUUUUGUGAGCAACCGCCGCACUUUUGGGCCGUACCCUAACAACCCCCGUUGUACCGCCUCGGCAACGUUAUCUCUGACAACAUUUGUGGAUGGGCCCGAGCCGAAUACUAAGAUAGGCUUUUCGGUGAGACCGGAUGAAACCUCUCAGUGGGACCGAGCUCAGCUGGAAUAG